UCAUCUGCCACAACAAAACAUUCCGCUGUCAGCCAGUUCACUGCUGGAGCAACACAGAGAGAGGCCGCCUCAGACACAUGCAGCAAAAAGACAGAUUCACUUCUUAACACAAAGCUUCAGAACCUGCCCGAGCUGUAGCGAAUUUGACCCGGAGUGGUGAGCGGCUGAGCAGGGUAAAGUCGGGGGAGACGGACAGGGAAGGGAGAAAAAACCAAAAAAAAAACAAAGAUGGCUGUGUAGCCGGAGAGACGAGUUCCAACAGAACUGUCUCCAGCCGCGGAUUUGAAUCGCCGACAGGUCCCGUGGGUGCCGUGGACAGUCUGCGGGUACCGGAGCGGGGACGGUAGACGAGCAGCCGAGCUGGGCCGCGGCGGUACGAGGCUGUAAUCUGCUGUCAUUGCGAUUAACGGCGUCGAGCGCUCAACAACAGCUGAGGGACGCCCGAGUUGUUUUUGUUCUGCCCGAGAGGACUGCUGUGUUUGUGUCAACGUAGCUAGCGCACAGUCCGCUAGCCUCACUGUAAGUCAACUGCUACUGGUCGACAUUUGUAAUAUAUUCACUCGUGCUCCUGUUAUUACACGGUCAUUCGCUUGUUACGCGUUUUCAACUUCCUCAGUGUGCGGCGGCAUUAAUAAUAAGUUAGCCCGCAUUCCUGUCUGACAGCCUGCUGCCGUAGCGUUAGCCCGGCUAACGCUAGCAUAGCUGUCAGCUGACCGUUAGCUUGACAGGCUGCGAGCUAGUCCCGAGCUAACCUGCUAAUAUUUCGGGCUCAGCGUGGCCGCUGCAGGUUCACCCCGAACAUUUUCUAGACACCCGUCGCCAUGUCUUCGCUGGAAGAGAGGGACGUGGGCGUUGCGGCCGCCCCUGGCUCCUCCUCGGGAGGCCUGGGGGUCGGGGCCGUGGGGGCAGCGGUGGAGGCUGUCGCCGGGGUCGCUGCCAUGCAGGAGGAGGUCGGCAUAAGACGAGAUGGGCCCGAGCCUGACCCGGACGAGCCACCCAAGAAGAGGGUGAAAGUGCCCGAUGGAGAGUCAGGGAAGCUGGAGGAGAGACUGUACUCAGUGCUGUGCUGCACCGUGUGCCUAGACUUGCCCAAGGCGUCUGUAUACCAGUGUACCAAUGGUCACCUGAUGUGUGCAGGCUGUUUUAUCCACCUCCUGGCUGAUUCUCGUCUCAAGGAGGAACAGGCCACGUGUCCCAACUGCAGGUGUGAGAUCAGCAAGAACCUGUGCUGCAGGAACCUGGCUGUGGAGAAGGCUGUCAGCGAGCUGCCAACAGAAUGUACCUUCUGCCUAAAACAAUUCCCCCGCUCCAGCCUAGAGAGACACCAGAAAGAGGAGUGUCAAGACAGGGUGACACAGUGUAAGUACAAGAGGAUCGGCUGCCCUUGGAAAGGUCCGUUCCACGAGCUGCCGGCACAUGAGGGCGAGUGCUCCCAUCCCACUAAGACUGGCACAGAGCUGAUGGGAAUUCUGGGAGAGAUGGACCAGAGCCACCGCAGAGACAUGCAGCUCUACAACACCAUCUUUAGCCUGCUGUGCUACGAAAAGAUCGGGUUUACAGAGGUGCAGUUCAGGCCGUACCGCACUGAUGACUUCAUCACCCGCCUGUACUAUGAGACACCGCGCUUCACAGUUCUCAACCAGACGUGGGUGCUGAAGGCCCGUGUUAACGACUCCGAGCGCAACCCCAACCUCUCCUGCAAGCGCACCCUCUCCUUCCAGCUACUCCUCAAGAGCAAGGUGAAUUCUGCUCUGGAGUGCUCCUUCCUGCUGCUGAAGGGGCCGUACGACGACGUGCGGAUCAAGCCUGUCAUCCACCACCACUCCUUCAGCAACGACACCAAUGAGACCGAAUACGUCCCUCUGCCCAUCUCCGAUUCGGUGGAGUGCAACAAACUGCUGGCCGCCAAAAACAUCAACCUGCGCCUGUUCAUCUUCCAAGUCCAAAAAUAAAAGAGUGAGGGAAGAAGAGGAGUAGGAGGAGGAAGAAGAAGAAGAAAAAGAAGAGGAGGAGGAGGAAGAUGGAAAGGACGAGGAAGAAGGAUGGUGACGUAGGAGGAGGGGCAGAGAGGAAGGAUGUGAUGAAGAUAAAAGAGAGACACCACUGAACCACUGAUACCUCUUAACACCUACACACACACACACACAAUCACGCAGGGUACACACGCUUCCACACACAUUUAUAUAUAUUUACACACACACACACACGCCACUAAUUACACUUACCUCCUUUUACAAGAUAGUGAGACCCCUUGUUUGGGGGGAGCUGUGCGUUGCUAUGGAGAUGGGUGGGCAUUGAUAUUGGAUGGGUGGGCACAGGUGUUGGGGUUGUUGGGGGGCAGCGAGCGGGGGUAGGGGACGUUGUGAGGCGGUUGGUGUGUACCUUGAGGAGGCUCUCUGAGGUCAGGCUUUGUGUGACCUUUCACCCUGUGACACCCGCAGCCAAAGGUAGCACACACACCAACCAAAGCAGGACUCGCUGGGUGCAGUUGUUGCGCUUGUGUAUGUGUAUAUGUGUGUGUGUGUGUGUGUGUGUGUGUGUGUGAGUGACACAGAGAGUUAUGUGACGGACCCUGGGGUGCGGCCCACGCUCUGCUUUGCAUGUUCAAAUGUCCCAAACCAUGUGAUAAUGUGAAUAUAGAGCGUCUGAAUCUAAUCAGCUGUUCUGAAGACAUGUGAAGGGGUUUCGAGAGCAUGAUCGUGUGCUUGUGUGUGUGUGUGUGUGUGUGUGUCCCCCCCCCAGCUCUACACAGUUUCGUCACUUCCUGUUUAGGCAGACGCUCUCAGACUUGGCCAGAGCAGACGAAAGGCGUCGGCAUCCCCACUUCAACCUUCUUUUACAUUUCAACAAGAGGAGAGUUGGCUGCAUGCAUAUUUUAGUUCUUCAACUUAAUCCUCCAGCUGUGGUUAUAUAUAACCUUCGACACUAAUAUCUUUUUUUUUUCUCUCUUAACCCUGAAAUAUUUAAGUACCUGUGAACUUUUUUUCCUUUUAAGAUGGGUUGUAGCGUGUGAAUGGCUGCCUGUGUGAGUGUAAUGUGAGUGUGUGUUAAACACAGUACAAUCCUUAAAGUACAGGACCAUCGAGACUGGAAUGGACCUGCGGGGGCCCCAGGUUCACUGUGUGUCAGUUUUAGUUUUAACUUCAACUAUUUUACUUAUGGAUUCAUUGUUUAUUGGAUAAAAUCAUCACCACACAAAGUGACAGUUUUUCCAACAAACCAAAAGAUAUUUUAUUUACCAAGCAGCAACUCCUCACAUUUGAAAACCUGGAACUAGAUAGUCUGGCAUAUUUAAAAGUGACUGAAAUGAUUAAUCCAUUAUCAGAACAGUGCUGAUAUCAUAUUGCUGUGUUUUAUUUUGUGGAACUAAUCAAGGUAGUUCCUGGUUACUGGUUAUUUCAUUUCUUGCUAAUUUGUUUGGGAAUUUGCCCCAUUGUAACAUUACAGUGUCAAUUUAUGGCUGUGACAAAAUCUAUGUCCACCACUUUGAUUACUUUUGCUGAUAUUCUGAUGCUUACACAAUAUGUGCUCAACUUUUUUAUUUAUAAGAUAUUUUUUGGGCAUUUAUUAAUCGGACAGUACGAGCGUGAAAUGCGGAAGACGCGCGUCAAAGGAAUGUUGGAACCUAACAACAGCCACUGCAGGACGACUCCAGCCUCCAUAUGUGGUUUUUUUCUUCUUUAUGACACAAUCAUAUAUAUAUAUUUUCCCAUCAUGCCCUAUUACCUUUUUGAGUUUAUUUGAACAAUCAUCCAAAACUACAAGUGUUAAAAAUCAAGGGAAACCUACUGUUUUGGUCCAUUUUUCCUCAAAUAAAAUAGUUUUUCAUUAAAAUCACAACAAACGUUGUGACACACAGACAACCUGGGGCCUGGUAGUUUUCCGGUAUGAGAGCACCGGUUGGAUUCUGGGUCCUUGUGUGAAAUAUAAAGAAGCUGAUGGAAACCUGAGGACAACAGGAGCCCAAAAUACUAUUUUUACUCCCGAACAGACUGAUCCGACCACGGGGACGAGUCAGCGACAGCAAAGGAAUAAAAAACCCAAACUGUGAGCACGGAGUCUCAGGGUGAUCUGGACAUCCAUGUGCGCUCAGAGCUCGACGACCAGGACUUUUCUGGAAGACCAGACAUUGGGUGGUGAUGGAUGGGGUGUGUGUGUGUGUGUGUGUGGCGGGGGAUGGGGAGUUUUACCAUAACACAGCGACAUAUUAGUGUUAGACUUACUUGAACAAGAACGAGAAGAUGUUACGUAGAUUCUACUGUAAAGCAGAUAGAGCUCUCUCCUCCUGACCUCUACUUCCUGUAUUUCUGUGUUUUAAUGCUUCGUCUCUAUGCCAGUGGACUCACUCAUCUCACUAUGGCUGUACAUGUGCCUUUUAUUAAAGAUCAUGGAACCUGCA